GGUCAAUCAUGGGAUGGUUGGGGUGGAAGGAGCCAUGCAGGCCAACCAUGGGAGGGUUGGGGUGGAUGGAGUCUUAGAGGGAGGUCAACCAUGGGAUGGAGGGGUUGGAUGAAGUCUUAGAGGGAGGUCGACCAUGGGAUGGUGGGGUUGAAAGGAGCCCUAAGGGUCCAGCAUGGGAUGGUUGGGGUGGAAGGAACCUUAGAGGGAGGUCGACCAUGGGAUGGAGGGGUCAGAAGGAGCCCUAAAGGUCCACCAUGGGUUGGUUGGGUCAGAAGGAGCCUCCGAGGCCACCUUAGAGCCGAAGCCCCUACGAGCGGCUCGGCCGUCGUCCCGCUCACUGCUGGGUUGGGCCUUGGCUCCGUGCCGCCCGCAGGACGCGCUGCGCAGCUCCGGCAGCGACGGCAUGGGGCAGAUCUCCCUGGAGUUCUACCAGAAGAAGAAAUCCCGCUGGCCCUUCUCGGACGAAUGCAUCCCCUGGGAGCUGUGGACCAUCAAGGUGAACGUGGUGAACCUGGCCAACGAGCAGGAGAGGCAGAUCUGCCGCGAGAAGGUGGGCGAGAAGCUGUGCGAGAAGAUCAUCAACAUCGUGGAGGUGAUGAACCGCCACGAAUACCUGCCCAAAAUGCCCACGCAGUCCGAGGUGGACAACGUCUUCGACACCAGCCUGAAGGACGUGCAGCCCUACCUGUACAAGAUCUCCUACCAGAUCACCGACGCGCUGGGCAGCUCCGUCACCACCACCAUGCGGCGCCUCAUCAAGGACACGCUGGCCCUGUAGGGCCUGGGGACGUUGGGCUGCCGCCCGCCCCCCCUGGGGGUCCUGGGGGUCCUGAGCCCCCCUCUGUGCUGCCGAGAGGGGAGCUGGGCUGGGCCUGGCGCCUCCAUUCCCCCUCAUUGUGGGCUGCUGCUCCCCGCCUGACCUCAGGAACCGGCUUGGCAGCCCUGAGGGCGGUGAGUGGCUGCCCCACAUCCUGCCCCACAUCCUGCCUCUCUAUGGGGCAGAAAUAAAGGAUUUCCCUUCUCCCA